UUGCGUGGUCAUCACGAGUCUCUCGAGCAUUUUCUUCGCGAUCACAUCGCGCUCGCGCCGUCGCCGGCCAGUGCCGCCCACCGGCAGUGGCCGCCCAGAUCGCGUCGCCGGCUGCGCUCUGCAACUACAAGACUGCAAGAAGCAAGAUCGUCAGUGGCAGAGCAGCACAGGCGUCAUCGAAAGCCGGUUAGCACACUGCACAGGUGUGACUGCAGGAAGCUAACUAGCCAAAGCCAAGAUUGGACAAGUCUGAAUAGGCAGUUACUGGGAGAAGAUCUAUCUGAGCUGAAUGUUAAGGUACUGCAAUCCCUAGUGAAUCAGUUGGAAACAAGCCUACGUGGUGUCCGCUCAAAGAAGGACCAUCUCUUGAUUGAUGAAAUUCAUGAACUGAAUCGGAAGGCAAGUCUAUUUCACCAAGAAAACAUGGACUUAUACAGUAAGAUCAAUGUGAUUCGUCAAGAAAAUGCCGAGUUAUAUAAGAAGAUCUAUGAGACCGAAGGACCAAGCCAAGUCAAUCGGGAAUCACCGACCCCAUACGACCUUGCAGUGGUAGAAAAGAAAGAUGUUCCUGUGCAACUUGGACUCAGCACACUGUCACAACCGAACAACAUUGAGCCAUCGACUGCUGCUAAACUAGAAUUGCAACUAAAUCCAUGAAGCAGAGUAACACUGUCAUUCUUAUUAUGAUGAAGGGAUACUAUUCGUGGUAAAGGCAUGAUACUCAGAUACAGACAGAACAAAAUAUUUAUGCCAGAGAGAUUUGGGACACAAACUUUUAAAUGUACUGCAAAUGAAUUUCAGAGUGGAAAUGAGCUGUGGAAUUCAGUGAAUGAUUGUUUUCUAAGAAUGUUUGGUGAGAUUUUUCUUACAUUGAA